AAAUGCUACACGACCUGGUUGAUUUUACUGGAUGGUAUGAAAGUCACAUGACUCAAAAAAUAAAUAAAGUCGCUGCGAUUUGCCUCUACUAUCAAAACGUGUGAUUUAUUCGUGAUACUAAUUUUUAAAAAAUCCCAACCAUUUAAUAUUUUACAAUUUAAAGUUGAUAAAGAAUAACUUCUCUGACAACCUGCGAUUCGCAAUGAAAAGAGCGCUAGGCUAACGUGCAGAAGUUCGACUGUUUGUGUAUGGAGCGCAAAACCGCUUUGCUGGGAAGUGCAUGUUUUGGAGGAGGAUUUUGGGUAGUUUAAGCAGUUGAUAAUGUAAACAUUGUUUGCAUAUCUAUGCCUCUUAAAAGAAGAAGAAAUUCUGGACAUGGAGAUGGAAGUGAUCGUGAUAUUAAGCUUAAUAGCAUUGGUGUUGACAGCACCGGAAUAGCAAGUGAGAAAGGCUCUAAAACAUUUGGGAAGAGGGAGGACACAGGCAUUCAGCAUGAAAAAGCAUCGAACUCGAAAUCUUCAAACGUCAAAUCGAGUGGCCAUCGAGACAACGGGGAGGCGCGCGUCGGCGCUUGUACCCGGUCGAGGAUCGUGAAGAAGCCCAAGAGGGACCUAAGUCCCCCCGAGUCCCCCGUGAAGAAACAAGUUCAAAAAGAGAUUAAGUCUAAUACGCCAGAAAUCAAAACAAAAAGACAGUGGGAGUUGUGGAGCUCUGAAGACAAAGAUGCUUUUUUUGAGGCCUUAUUUGAGCAUGGAAAAGAUUUCGAUGCCAUUCAGAACUGGAUUGCGACCAAAUGCAGGAGGAAAAAUGUAGUUCCUGGACUCAUUAAGAACAAAGACCAAGUUAGACAUCUUUAUUAUCGAACCUGGCAUAAGAUCUCAAAGUUCAUUAAAGUUGACACAGAAGUCAAGAAAGAAAUUCAGGAGCUGUAUGGUCUCAUUAACUAUGGAGUUUUGAGAAAGAAGAUCAAAGGAGUUCUGAAUGAAAAAGUUGGAACCAAGUUGAAUGAACUAGUCUACACAGGAUGCACUGCUGUAAAAGUCAGAGGAAAGAAUGUGAGGAUAAAGACUCCUAUGUGCAAUGCCUUAAAGAAGUUAAACAAUAUUGAUGAUCAUAAAUCAGAGUCCUCAGAAAGAGUGCCAGAUAAAAUCUGUGUGGAAAUGACUCCAAAAACCAAUGCUGCUUGGUCAUUUGUCCAGGAACUUGCCACAAAUCCUAGACUUAGAAUGAUAUUGAAGGGGGAUAGAAAACUUUCCUCAGUCAUGAACUACCUGGCUUGUAAAUGGAAACCAUAUAGAGUAAAACUUAAAGAGAGCUUGGAUGGAGAGAAUGACAUGAACACUGUUUUGAAAGUUUACCCUCAUAGAGAGUGCACAGUUGUACCUGUUUCACUGCACUCCAUCAAGGAAACCAAAAUCAACCUGGCAUUCAAUCACUACAAAUACAAUGUCAAAAAAUCAUCUACAAUAUCUAAGGGUAAGAAAACUGAAGCAAUAGUCCCAAUUCCUGUUUGUGACAAUUCUGUUGAUGGUGUAGAAUCAGUAUUAGGUAAAACAUUUGAUUCACCCAAGUUAAGCAAGGGCAGUAAAGACUCUGCUAAAACUGACUGUGGGUCAGCUUUUACAGUGACUGUUGGUGCAAUUGUUGAAGGGGACAAUGCUAUGUUCCCAGACACACUUUUAUCCCCCUCCCAAAAGAAGGAGAGCAAUAUUUUGAAUACAGAAGGAAGUAGUAAUACAAUAGAACUUUCCUGUGUUAAAGAUAAGGAUGGUUGUGUUCCUUUGGAAACUGACGCUGCUAAUGAGCAGCAGGAUGGUUGUGGAAGUGACAAGAAAACAGAGCAUACAGUCGAAGAAUUGGCAGAUAUAGAAUCUCGUAAAAUGAAGGAAGCACUGGAAGGGGGGUUGACCUCUGAUAGGGCUGACAUGACACUGGCUGAGCUGUAUUUAAUGUUUGGAAAGGAUGGCAAACUUCGCAUGGAGUAUGAGUGGUAUAAAGAUGAAAUUAUUCCUCAGCAUUUGUGCAACAUGUUAAGAAGAUUGGUGAAUUUGGCUGCUAUCCAGUUUGCAGACCUAAGUACAAAGAGUCCCAGUACAAAUUCUCCAUGUCAUGCUUGUGGAAUGCUGAAAAAUAAAUCUCGAGUCAGCAAUGCUCGUGGACCAAAAAACAGAUACCUACUGCCCUCAAAGUAUGGAGAGCGUUUUACUGAUGCCAGUACCCAAACCAGUGUCUCUCAUCCUGUCCUCAAAAAUGUAGAUAACUCUGGUCCAAAAGAUGCAGUUUUUCGAGUCCCGGUGUGCAGUCCAGCCUUCUUGCAAAGAAGCCUGGCUUUACCAUCAAGAAGCAAACCAAACCAAAUCAAUGCAAACACUAACUUUCUUCCUCCACAAAGGGGAGUGAAAAAGAUACGGACGAAUCGGAAGCAGUUGUCCAUACAGCGUAAUAUUUUACCCAAGCAGCCAAUGGUGGCAGUUUUGCGUCCCUCAAUGGGCCGGCAGCCCCUCCCCUUUUCUGUCUGUCCUCCGGUGAACCUGUUUAACGUGCCAAACAAUGGAGUUCGACUACAACCCAGAGUCGCCACCACCACAGGUACCCCUGGAGGAACUCCAGUGCAGCUUAAUGUCCGGCCCCAGUCUCCACAAGUUGAAGCCACACCAGUUCCUGAUAACAAUAAUAUUUGUCAUUUGCUGAGUGGUAUCAACAUAGACCUACAUGAAAAUACCACACCUGUUCCAUUGACUAACAGUGCCUCAGUGAAGGACACCAUCCCACACAGCACCCUCUCCCCACCAAAUAUGCCAAGUCUGCUUGAUAUCUCACUCUCCAACUUACCAACAGGCAGCUCAGAAAAUUAUGACAAGCUAAUUGACUUAGCUCUUGGCAAUUCCAAUUCUACAUUUUCAACACUGCUAGAGCCACAGAAUCAGGAUGUGUUGAACACACCCAAAAAGAAUCCCAACAAAUACUCAUCACCACCAGGUAGUCCCGCCAAUCCCUGGCUAAAUACAGGAGAGGAUGGAGGAGACCUGACAUUUAUGAACCUUCUGUCAGACUCACCUCUCAAACCCCCAAACCAUGUGUCUACUGCCUCCAGUAUGGUUCUGCAAACCACUCCUCUCUUCAGCGAGAGUUCACGAGACUCCAUCAUGGGACGUUUAGAUGUGGAUGGAACUUUGCAGAGUGUGUUGAAUGAGAAUAGCAUUGAUUAUGCAGUGAAAUUCCAAGACCUUGCAGCCCAUAUCACUGGAAACACAGAUUGUUCACUUCUACUGAGGAAGACAGAUUCAAGUGGAUGAUAUUUCCCAUAAUCCCUGGACUUGCCAUCUGUUUGGUCUCCAGGCUCAUCAGACCAUGAAGAUUAUAAAUACUCUCAUUGUGUGCCUGAUAUACAUUUUCAGCAUCAUUAACAGGGAGACUUGCUUCAGAAUACCAUUAUGCAUUGUUCUUAAUAGUUUUAAACACUCUAAUGUAGCAUUGUGUUCAAAUUGAAAAUUUAGUAUUCCAUUUUGAAUUGAUAUUGAUUGGUCACUCCUCAGUAUAUUUUUUACGUCUAUCAUUAUGAUAAAUCAUCAAGAAGAACUUUUAAAGUGUGCUUAAUGGUGAGUAAAAAAGGUAGUUAUUUUUGGCUUUUAAGUUUUCACAUUUGAUUUUGCUAUGAUCAGCAUAAUGGAAUUUUUGACAUUAAAUCUUCUAUAAAAAAAAAACUAGGUGAAAAUAUAUCCAAUGAGUUUUUCGGCAUGAAUUUUGAUAGGACCAAAAAAAUUGAUAAAUAGUUUCUCAGGCCAAAAAUUUCAGGUGUUUUGUGGGGUUUUUUUUCUUUUUUUUGUUUUUGUUUUUUUUUUUGGCUGUAACAUGAGUUAUCUUUCCUUUUUAUGUCGACUAUAGCAUGAGUGACUUUUCCAUUCCCAUGUACAUGUUUAUACAGAAUUUUAUUUUAAAAAGAUAGCUUCAUAUUACUUACUAUUAAGUGUAUACUAUUAAUCUUACUCACUUGCACAUAAAUGAGUAUGCAUUCAAUUAGAUAAAAAAUAUCAUUAAAAUCUUCUGAAAGUUUUACAUCAAAAUCUAUAACACAACAGUUACCUCAUUUACAUAACUAAACAAAUAAAAUCCAUGCAGUACCUUUUCAAAGGAUGUGGCACUGCCUGAGAAACUAUUGAUUGAUUUUUUAUUAUUAUUUUUUUUUUUGUGUUUUAGUUUGUUUUUGUUUUUUGUUUUUUUUUUUGUUGGUUUAAUGUUAAAAAUUUCGUUGAAAAUUUUUUUGAGGGAACUUUAUAUACUUGCAUAUAGUAGAGGUGGGAUGAUAUAUUGAUACACGGAUACAUACCUAUUUUGCUCAUUAAGCUAUAUCGGUAUGUAACGAUACACAGAUGAUUUAUCAAAAAUUUGGAAUUGGAAAGGAUGAAUAAUACAAGACUCAUUAUGAUUAGUGGAUUGAAUGUGGAUAAUCCAAUCAGAAUUUUGUUGUCAUUAGUGCGAGCAUGGAAAAUAGAUAACGAUGCAUAAAUUGACCAACAGUUGAUUGAGAUUGAGAAUGCAAUAUGGACAUAUUAAUCAUGGAUUUGGGAACAUUAUGAACUUUAAAGAAAGUACAAUUUGAUUGUUUUAUUAAAUUUUAUUUAUUUAUUGUCAAAAAGACAAAUAAAUACUCAUUUUGUUACAUUAUUAUGAUUUGUUAUGAUAUGUAGAUAUAUAUGUAUGGUAUUGUUACAAACUUAUGAUACACUGUACCUAUCGUAUCAUAAGUUCUGUGUAUCAUUCCACCCCUAUCUUAUAGGUUGGUUUUUGGGGAUCGAAAUUUUGACUCUGAAAGUCUGUGUGACUGCUACCGGAAAUAUUUUCUUGCUGCACAACUUGCGACAUUUUAUGGUAUUUUCAAAGCAUAAAUGUUGGUUUAAUCAGUAACAAAUCAACAAGAAUGAUAGUUUAACUAGAUUUUGAAUACUUAACACUGUAAUUUUAUUAAUGAAAAUAGAUUUAAUUCAUCAUUUUACAAAUUUAUAUAUGCUAGCAGUCAAUAUACAUUAUUUUUUAUGCAAGCAUUUCGGGGAAAAUGAUUUGUAAUUUUCAUUGUUUAUUCUGUAUUUCCUGCAUCAAUGUGCGGAAGCAAUGCACUUGAUUUUCACAACUAUUAAAAUUUGCAGUGUGAAUAUGUUUUAAAAAAAGAAAAGAAAGAAAGAGUCCCAUGCCAUUACACAGAUACAGUAUCAUCACUGUCCAACACAUUAAUUAAAGAGGCACAUGAUAUCGAUAAUCAUUAUUUAUUGACAUUAAAGUACAGUAAGUACCGUAUAUACUCGCCUAUAAGUCGGUUGUAUAGUUUUUAGGUUAUUUUGAGGGAAUUGCCACUGACCCAUUUAUAAGUCGGUCCAACUUUUUUCAAGAAUCAGUUGACAAUUUCAAAUCAAUACUUUCAUGUUUUACCUGUGUUUCAAAUAAUAUUUUGAGAAAUGUGUCGAUAUUUGAUAUAUUUUUCCCAACAUAUCAAUUUAUGUUAUAAUGUGUUAAAUGCCUAUUUGGCGUUUAUUUGUCUAAGUUAUAAUGCAAUUGAUACCCAGAAUUUCAGAAGUAAUCUGUUUAAAAAACAACAAGACACCUAAAAUUAAAAGCACAAUGAAAGCACGUGAUACAAUCAGGCACGCAGCAUCAUAAUAUUGCCUGAAAAUUCGUGGCACGUAAAUUUGAAGAAGAAAAAUUUGACAGCAUUGUGAAAAAUGUAGGCCAUUACUAUGACGGAAAGAGAAGAUAAACUCUGAAAAUUAUUUUCUGAUUUAUUGAAUGUAUUUAAUGUGAGGUCAUUUGUAAUAAACAUCAAGAUCAACAUUCAAAACAUAGAUUCAACAAAGAAUUACAAAACAACUCUUGCUGGAAAAUUGGUAUUGAGUUCACAAUCUGAUCAAAAAUUUUGUCCUACUUGAAAGAUGUCAAAUUUCUCUGAAAAACAGUCACCAACUUAUACAUGGAUCAAAUUAUAUGCAAGUAUACAAGAAUUUUUUAAUUUUGCAUUAUUAUGAGCUUUACUGAUUAAAAUUAGUCUGUUGCCUAUCAUUGUUGUCGUAAACAUUUUUAGCUCGCCUGAACUGAAAGCUCAAAUGAACUUUUCUGAUGGCCUGUUGUCCACCCGUCUGUCUGUAAACUUUUCACUUUUUUUACUUCUCCAGAACUACUGGGCUAAUUGCAGCCAAACUUGGCAAAAAGAAUCCUUGGGUAAAGGGCUUUCAAGUUUGUUCAAAUGAAGGACCAUGCACACUUCAAAGGGGAGAUAAUUGCAAAAAUAGGGUGGGGUCAUUUAAAAAUCUUCUCGAGAACCACUGGGCCUGGAAGGUACAAAUUUACAAGAAAGCUCACUGACAUAAUCAUGACCCCAGGGGUAGGGUGGGGCCAAUAGGGAAUCAAAAAUUUACAUACAAAUGUAUAGAGAAAAUCAUUAAAGUUUUCUAAAGAAUCACUGCCCCAGAAAGUUUACAUUUACAUAAAAGCUUCUUGACAUUGUGCAUGUUCAAGUUUGUUAAAAUCAUGCCCCUCCCUCUUGGGGGGGGGGGGGGGGGGGGGGGGGCACAAUGAUUUAUAAUAGUAAAAAUAAAAUGCACAUACCAGUAUUCAGGUGAUCAUUAAGGCCUAUUGUUGUGUUUGGAUUGGAACAAUGUAGCUUUACCAUUAAAAUAAAAUGCUGUUGAUACAUUAUUUCUCAGAAGUGUCUAAAAUGUUUCAAGUAUGAGGAGUGACCAUCUGUAAAGAAUAUUGAUUCAAUGGAGAAGUUGGGUUGAACAGAAGGGCUGUUUUACUAAGAUUGAUCCCUUAAUUAUUAUUUAUUACAUAACAUAUACAUGUAUUAGGAGAAAGAUGUAAUAAAAUUUAUUAAAAACCAA